CGGCGUCGCUUUCUCAUUUCGUAUGCCGAAACAUUGCUCCCACAGCGUCCCCGUUAGCGACGACGCCCACUUCGUUCGGGCGAUUCUUGGCGCCGCAGCUCAACCUCAAGGUGUUCGAGGACCUGGAUGCCCAGGGGAACUGGGCGAAGCACGCCCCGCCGCCUGCUGCUGCCUCUCUUUUGCGGGCGGCCCCGUCAGGCGCGGUCAUGGCGUCGGUCUUCGAGGAUUUCUGGGUCGGGCUGCACACCCCGUACGGCGUGGCGGAGGUGCAGGCGCCUACCGACCAGGCGGCUCCUGAUCGUCCCGUUCCUGCCCUGGAGGAGUCGCAGAAGUUUCAGCCUUCUCUCAUCGAUCAUCUCCCUGGCGUUGUGGUGCCCUCGGUGCUCUGGCCUGGUGUCCGGGAGCCGUUAGAGGCGCCCGCCAAGGACGAUUUCGCAAAGGUUUCGCAUUCGGUCGCCAAACGUGGUGCCAGCAUUGGCGGAAGCAGCUGCGGCGGUGAGGCAUCGCCUGGCGCAGUCUCGCACGUCGGUGGAGGCGCUGUCGGAGGCGAUCGCCAGUUUCGCAUGGACGGGGUCCCCCCCCGCCAUGGACGGCUCUGAGGAGGGGAGCGCUGUGUCAUCUUCGUGCCCGAUGGGGAGUGUAGUGCAGGAGUCAGCUCUUUCCGUACAUGACGCUCAACACGUUGACGACGAGAAGGACGAUGUGGUCCUCGCCCGUGCUGAUCGGCUCGGGCUCCGCGGCAUCCUCGAGGGCUUCAUGAAUCGGGAUGAUGUUCUCGGCGAGGGUGCGUCUCUGGUGGAGGCGCUUCAUGCCCUGGAGGCGUCUGGAGGACUAGAACACCCUGCUCUCCGUGCUCUCGGGUUCUCACAUGUGGGUCGCGUUCGACCUGGUGUACCUCGGCUUCAUUGACCUCGUCUCGUUCGUGCUGUUCUGCUUCGUGUACUCAGUUUCGUUUUUUUUUUUUUUUUUUUUUUUUUUUUUUUUUU